UGAUUACAGCAGGAAACAUAAAUCAGGUUCCAAAUCGAUUGGGAUGCUUUUCCCCUGUAUGUUUUUUGGUAGCCGCAAAAACAAGUACAAGGAGCCAAAGGAGCCGAUGUCAGAUCAUAUCACGCAUAGAUGAUAGAUAGAUAGAUAUCCACCUUCCCGACAAUUUACCCCCAAAACAGAGAAAACCCUUCCGACCCGCCAGACCCCGCCACGUGUAUCAACCACCACCUCCACCUUCGUGCGCCACCAUCACCGUCCCUGGUGGCUGAGGAAUGAGAAUGAGCCUCUAUGCGCCGGCAGAGAACUCCGUGACUCUUCUUCAGUUGGACGAUUUCCGUUGAUUAAAUCCAAUCACCAUGUCCAGGUGGACUGUGUUAUGGUAUGGUGAAGAGAUUUGGUGAUAUGCAGAUUUUUGGCAUAUGGAAAUGUAAGGAGGGUUGCGCGACAAGUUACGAGUAACAGGGCAGAUCACACAGUUGAAGCUCCUUACAUGCUCUGCCGGUUAUUUUUGAGAAAUAAACAUUCUAUAAGAGGGCAAUCCCCAUUUCUGCUACAUAGAGCAAAAGAUAAGUUUUUGAAUAGUAGUGGUUAUAGGAACUUAUAUACCAUAUCAGCAAGGAGUGCAGCUUCUCAACAUGCCCAGUUUGCUUGGAGAAAGCUUUCUCACUUGUAUUUCUAUCGGCAAACAACCUUCCCCCCAAUAGGUCGAAUUGCCCGUGCUUUGAGCUUGGCUUUGACCCGCUCAAAUUUAGUAGCUCCUGGUGUUUUUUCCUUUGUAGUUGGAGAGUUUGUUCGGGCGCAGCGUACAUGUGCAGAAGCAGAAGGCCUCCCAACAAAGGACACUUUAUAUAUUCAUGCCCAAGAUGGACAUAUUUAUUUGGCCUUAUUUUUGGUUUCACUUCUGGAGUGUAUUAUCUUGUUUGUCAGAGCAAUUUAUCUAGCAGUUUUAUUCUCACCGUGUAUAGCCAUGUCACUUUUUAAGGAUUCCCUCGGCCCCCGGUUUAGGAAAAAAUGGCUUCAUGUUGUUCAUCAUACACUGGAAAAAGCAGGCCCAGCAUUUAUAAAAUGGGGUCAAUGGGCUGCUGCAAGGCCAGAUCUCUUCCCAAGAGAUUUGUGUGCUGAACUUGAGAAACUCCACACUAAAGCUCCAGCACAUAGCUUUGACUUUACCAAAAAUAGUAUUGAAAAGGCAUUUGGUCGCAAGCUGCCUGAAAUAUUUGAAAAAUUUGAUGAGGAACCUGUGGCGUCGGGAAGUGUUGCUCAAGUUCAUCAAGCUAUACUCAAGUACAGAUACCCGGGUCAGAAGAUCAAGCCCAUUUUAGUUGCUGUUAAGGUUAGACAUCCAGGUGUUGGUGAAACAAUUAGGAGGGAUUUUGUGAUAAUCAAUUCUGUAGCCAAAAUUUCAAGGUUCAUCCCUUCUUUGAAAUUGUGGAGAUUGGAUGAAAGCCUACAGCAAUUUGCCGUUUAUAUGAUGUCACAAGUUGAUCUGUCAAGGGAAGCUGCACAUUUGAGUCGUUUUAGCUAUAAUUUUCGAAGAUCGAAAGAUGUCUCAUUUCCAAGGCCUCUAUACCCCUUGGUGCACCCAUCUGUUUUAGUCGAAACGUACGAGCAGGGUGAAAGUGUUCAGCACUACGUCGAUGAACUUGAGGGCAAUGAACCGAUAAAAAAUGCCCUUGCUCAGAUCGGAACCAAUGCACUACUGAAGAUGCUUCUGGUAGAUAAUUUUAUUCAUGCAGACAUGCAUCCUGGAAAUAUUCUUGUCCGAGUAACCCGUAGUAAGGUUCCAAGUAAAGAACUCUUUAGAUUGAGGCCUCAUGUUGUUUUCCUUGAUGUGGGCUUGACUGCCGAACUUUCUAAGAGGGAUCGACUGAAUUUAGUGGAGUUCUUUAAGGCUGUGGCCCUUCGUGACGGUCAAAGUGUUGCGGAGUGCACACUUAGAUUAUCUGGACAACAAAACUGCCCAAAUCCAAGUGCUUUUAUUGAGGAAGUGGAUAAAUCUUUCAAAUUAUGGGACUCCCCAGAAGGUGAUGCCAUGCAUCCUGGUGACUGCAUGCAGCAAUUGCUUGAGCAAGUCAGGCGGCACAAAGUCAAACUGGAUGGCAAUGUGUGCACAGUUAUUGUAACCACUUUGGUUCUUGAGGGAUGGCAGCGGAAACUUGAUCCAGACUAUGACAUGAUGCAUACUUUACGGACCUUGCUUUUUAAGGCGGACUGGGCAGAGUCCCUUUUUUACACCAUUGAAGGACUCAUUGCCCCAUGAAUACAAUUUUUAUUUCUUCACUUUUUCUUUCUUUUUUUUACAAAAAUAUAGAUGAGAUUCACCAAAAUACGAAAAAGAAACCCAUAAGGAAGCUGCUGCUUUUUUUAUUUACUUUCCUCACAAAGUUUUGACACAGAAACAGAAGGAUACAUGUUGUACUCAUAGAGAAAUAAAUUUCAUUGCUGUGUUCUAUGUCUGGGGUUUAGAGAAA